AUGAAGUCUUCGCUGAGGAAGCUGCGCGGGAUCGCCGGGCACCACCGGGUGGAUUUGAAGGAGAAGAAGGGCGGUGGGCACCCCAGGCUGCAGCUUGACGAGCUGGCUCGAGCAUCUCAGGUAAAAAAGUCGCUCGAAUUCUCCCCUCUCCCUUCUGUGUUCCCUAGAGGAUCUCUGAUCGCCGUGCCCUGGGCACAGAAUGCAUAAAACUGUUCUCGUAAAUGUUAUCAUUUCGGUUAAUCUCGUUAGUUCUUUCGUUUUUCUUCGUAGGUGCUGCCGACUUGCUCGGGCACCUUGCUUAUUCUGCAGGCGGUCCUCCAUUAGACAGGACUCACUCUUUCUUAGGCGCGGCCUACGUUGUAUUGUUUGAAGAUGGCAAUGCCAAAGUCCUCUGAUUUAUUGUUUGACGUGCUUAAAGCGCUCGAUAAAAAAUGCCUAAUUCUUCUUUCCAGUGGAUUCCUAGUCUUUCGUAAGGUCCAACCAAGUAGCUUCUUCUGAUAUUCUACAACAUUUCAUGAGCAAGAAAGAGUCUCCUAAUAUUCAUCAUGGAAUAUUUCAUGAGCAUACAACAUCUGAUAUCUUGACUGCUCCAAAGAAACACCAGUGGAGUUGUGUUAUUUUUUAAGGUAAAAAUCUGUUAUUGCCGCUCACCAGAUUUCCUCUGCUCCCAUCCCUUUUCCUCACAGACGUUCGUUGAGGAUGUGGACCUCAGACAUGUAAGAAACUCACUAUGAGGUGUGAAGCAUUAUAAAGUGAAGGAAACACGCCACUGCAACUAAAGACCACACAGAUAAAUGGAAGCCUCAAAAAACAUGAGAACAAUUACUUACCAAAUUUAUACGUGAUUCACUUUGCUGAUCUAUUGUAUAUAGGUCUUUGAAAGCCUUGAAAAUAUUGAAAGAUAGGAAAAAAGACGGGAAAAAUGAGAUAAAUAUCUAAGUCCCUUGCAUUUCACACCCCCUUAUUCUUUUGUAGGCAUCGGUUUAUAACAUCCUGGUAUUUCUCUAUAGGCUGUUCCAGAUGCCGAACUACAUUGAGAUAAACAACUUGGUUAUUGAGGGUUAUGAGCUCAAAUUGUUGGCUAGUACAUCUUGUAUUUGUUGUAGAAUGAUUGUGUCAUGCCAUCAGAUUAGACCUUGCAACAAUCAGCUCAAUCAUGCUUUGAUUGAAUUAUACAUCUCAGAAGAUCAGCUUUCUUACUUUAAAGCUUGGUGACUUCCUUUUCAGGACAUGCGCGAUAUGAGGAACUGCUAUGAUAGUUUACUAUCUGCUGCUGCUGCCACAGCAAACUGUGCAUAUGGUGGGUACAUCCAUCUCCUCGAUGUUUCAUUGCUAUCAUCGUAUUGAAAAAAUUGCAUUGUGUCAUCAGCAUGAAUUCGGCUUAUUUAUAUUUUAUGAAUUCUCUUGGUACUUGUACCAAAAAGAAAAGUAAUCGGGAACAAAUCCGUUCUGCCUUGGUCACCAACUUCGUCAAUAUCCUCCUUUACAAGUAAUAAAUUAAUAUGUAAUAUUUUCCCGCUCAACUAUCUGCCAAGUUAGUACUUUACCGAAGGUGCCUGAAAUCUGAUUGAAUCACUGAAUUAGUCGACCUCAAUCAUGCAAGCCAACUUAGACCGUUCAGCAGAAGCCAAAUUAAUACAGAAUCAGCCCGAAAUAUAAGAAGAGAAACUAAUCCAAAUGAGAAAUAAAAUAUAUGAAUAAUAUUUAAAAAGAAAAAUUAUGAAAAGGGAAAGUAGAGGAUAUUUUAUGUGCAUUCCUUUCUGGUAGUUUUUCCCCCCUUUUUCUCAUUUGCUUCGCCCCUCCUAUUUUUCUUCUAUUUUUUUUCCUUCAAAAACCUAGGAAGGUCUAAGAGGAUAUUUAGAAGGAAGGGUUGGUUCUCCCAUGUUGAGAACCUUGGGUUUCUACUUUAGUCUGCAAUACCUUGGUUUAAAUUCUGCCCUUGUGAGGGGAUGGACGAUUUAGAGUUGACGUCAGCAUACUUGAAUUUCCCUAGAUUGAAUUCUGAUAUUUAGUGGAUGCAUGAUGGCAUCAACAAUCAAGUCGUAAAGUAACAUAAAGAGAUUUAUCUAGAUUGUCAGCUACAAGAGUAAGUUAUCAAACUAUUAUCAGUCAACUUUUGAGGAUUCAGAAAAGUCUUGCGAGCUAGAAAUUUUACGGAAACAAGGACGGAGAAGGGAUCUGAGAUUCCAGUGUGGACAUAGAAUUUUGUGAAGGAAUUCCAAGUUUGUUGGGAUUUGGAGAUCAUGGUGUCUCUUUGCUGACGGCUUGAUUAUAGAUUUAUAUUUCAAGGCAAUCGCAUAUGGAAUAACACAACUUUUUGUUGGUAUCUUGGAAAAUGGUAAUGUGAGUUUUGUGUCAACGGCAAAAACAUCACUUUUGAUGAUAUUUGGUUAUCAAAAUAUUUGAUAGCUCUUUGUAUCUCUUCGUAUCUUUUAUGGUAUUUGUUGAAGAUAUAUUGGAUUAUGAGAUGCUAGAGAAGGUUCUCUCUCUCCCUCUUGCACCACCCCUAACCCCCCUCUUCCAGUGUUUGCUGGCGCAUGUUUAUUUUAUGCAUUCCAUGUUUAGACGAUGGUAUUGUAGUAGACGAGUUUCCUCUUGAAAAUAAACUCUUCUUGAAAUUGGAAUCUUUUACCCUAUAAUUUUAUUUACAUCUUGCGUCUUGUAUCUUGUGAUUAUUUGCAUUACUUAUUUGUAGUGUACCCCAGGUUGAUAAUGUUCUUGUUGUUUCUCUGAUUAUUUUUUUUCUUUUCCAUGUUCAAAUCUCUCAUAUUACAACUCCUUCCUAUUUGUUUUGCUUCUGAGACUAUUUGUGUUCUUUCAGAAUUUUCAGAGUCCCUUGGGGAACUGGGCUCAUGUCUUCUGAAGAGAACGGCAUUGAAUGAUGAUGAAGAUAGUGGUGAGUACACCAAGUUCUUUUCAUGCUUGAGAUGAUGGCCAGGGAAAUGUAGUUUAUAAUAUAAGUUGAUAAAGCAAAUGCCACCUGAAAAUCGUGGGAAAAUUAAUCUAUGUAAUGUGUGCAAUGGCUCUCGGCACUACCUGGUCUGGCUCAGGGAGGGAAAGAUUCUGAGAUUGACCAAUAUCUCCUCAAUCUGGACUGGAUAUGAUGUUUUUUUUAGAGUUUAGGAAAUCGUGGGAUUAUGGUAACUCAGGAAUGGUCUCUUCUUUAUUUAUUGAUCUCGAAUUAGGUAAUAAUUUGUGUUUUGUUAGCUCUAUUUAUGAAUCACGCAACAUCCCAAGGACAAAGUUGAGAUAGUAUUCAGUGGUAGGAGUCUUGCUUCUUGCACUUUCUUAUCAUUUAGUGAAGUUCUAGCCUCAAUAACCUCUAUUUCUCAUUCCCCCCCUCGACAAAGUGCCAGUUCAUUAAAGGAUAACCCAUGCACGUAAAUCUGUCUUACCUCUCGCUCCCAAUUUCGGAAACCUGAAUAUCUACCGUAUUACAACACUAAAAGUCAGUCCUUAUCUUGGAAUAAUGAGCACAAAUGCUGCUGUUUCCUUAAAUUUGUUCUAAAAAGUUUGGGGUACCCUAUUUUUUUAAUGGUGUUGUUCUCACAACAAAAGGAAGAAAAACGGGACACUUUGCUAAUAUUUGAAUUAUCUUAAGAUGCAUCUUAAUUUCUCAUGUAUGAAGAUGUAAUGCCAUUUAUAGUGUGGGACAAGAUACUUGCAUCCUAAUUUCUCACAUAUGAAGAUGCAAUGUCAUUUAUAGUGUGGGACAUCACCAUCUUAUGGCUCUUAUUCAUCCACCUGCUAGCUAUCUUGUCUAUUAUCUAACUUUCCUUUUAUUUUUUUUGUCCUGGCACUGGAUGAGUGAUAAAUUUAGAUAUCAUCCUGAAAUUCUUUUUGACGCUCUGUAAUUGGAAUAUCUUUGAUCACUAAACGAAUUGAAAAUGCUGUGUUUUUUUUUACUCAUUUUCAGGGAGAGUUUUAUUAAUGCUGGGAAAGGUGCAGUUUGAGCUCCAGAAACUGGUUGAUAUUUAUGUAAGCUUUAUUUGCUACUCUGUUAGUGCAUAUUUGCACGGAAUCAAAUUCAGAUGCUUUGGAAAUCGAUAAAUGAGCUAAAUAACGGCUCUUUGGCUUCCAAUUUCAGCGCUCCCAUAUUACACUGACAAUAUCAACUCCGUCCGAGUCUCUUCUGAACGAACUUCGAACCGUAGAGGUCUGCCUUCAUUACACCUAUAUUAAUUUCUAAUCGUAGCUCUAAUUUGGGUACCUUAACUGUCCAGUUAGACGUGUAUGCCGAUCUGUUUUCAUUGGCAGAUGCACGGUUGGAGUUAGCUCAACUGUUCAAAAACCUCAGAGUCGUAUCUAUUUAAUUUUUCUUACUACUUUAUGUUCCGUGCUUUUACCCUUACCAGACCUGAUGUCUGUUUAUAGAAUGUAACUUUGGAUAACAGACUGGGAAAAUAUUUCUAAUAAAUUCUUGCAUACUUUGUUUCCAUAGAAUAUUUUUUGUCUGAAUUUGGUCAUGGAUUAUGAAGCUCACUCCGGUUUGCUGUUUGAGAGAACACCAGAUAAUAUGGCAGCAAGUAGCUCUUCUUACUUAAUCAUCUGCCAGUAACUCCCCUCCAACGUACUACCUCCAUCUCAUGUUCACAAUUAUCUGCUGAUUGGCUGCUUAUCUGUUCUUGCAGGAGAUGAAACGCCAGUGUGAUGGAAAAAGGUACGAUGCAGUUAUUUCUAUUUACCUUUAUAAUUUCUUCAGGGCUUCUUGUUUUUUUCUCUAAUAAGGAAUUUUUUUUUCCAGACUGGCGUAUGAGCACAUGCUAGCAGCGACAAGAGAAAAAGGGCGUUCCAAAAACUCAAGAGAGAGCUUUUCACACCAGCAGCUACAUGAAGCACGAGAGGACUAUGACGAGGAAGCAACUCUAUUUGUUUUCCGUUUGAAAUCACUGAAGCAAGGACAAUCCCGAAGCCUACUGACUCAAGCUGCCCGGCAUCAUUCUGCACAGGUUUCUUAUCCUCAGAAAGAACGCUUUUGUUUAUUUUUUCCUUGAACGUGCGGAAAAUUUGCCAUCUUACAGUUUUCUCUUGUUGUUGGAACCAGUUGAAUUUCUUUAGAAAAGGAAUAAAGUCGCUAGAGGCCAUCGAACCCCAUGUUAAGAUGGUGGCUGAAAAACAGCAUAUCGAUUACCAGUUCAGUGGACUGGAGGAUUAUGAAACAGAGGAUGAAAAUGAAGAUGAUACCUACAAUGACGAUACUGGUGUCGAAGAUGGGUCUGAUGGUACUGAUAACGGGGAAUUGAGUUUUGAUUAUGGGCAGAACGAGCCAGUCCAUGAUACUAUUUUAGCAUAUAAAGACUCUGAGGUAGGACCACCCCACCUCUUUUUUUAAUGUCAUGAUUUUUUGCAUUGAGAAUUUUCUGCAUUUUUUCUAUCUGAUAGGAUUUCCCUUGAUCCCCAUAUUAUCUAUGAAAACUCAUCGAGUUUAAUAUUUUUUUUUAAAUGUGUGAAAAUUCUAUUGAACCACCUGGACUACUAUGUCACCAUUUCAUCACUCUACACUUUGUUUCUGUUUUCCCUGAGAAUUCAGUCAGAGUGUCGGGCUCUGAUGAUCGCGGACUGAUAAUGAUCCAGAUGAAUAAUUUGAAUAAAAAACGAAUUCUGAUGUUUCGAGUAUGACUUCUUUCUUAUGUAUCAUGUGACCAUAAGAAAAACUGUGGAUGGAAUAAAAAACGAAUAGCUGCUCCCAAUGUAUCAUGUGCCCGUAAGAACAUGCGACUUGUGGAUGGAAUUCUGCUUGUGUGCAUGUUACUUAUCCCCACGCAUACUUAUUUUGAACUUGGGUCGGUGGUGUCUGGCGAUUAUAACAGGUUAAAUAUCCUCACAUAGCUUUUGAGCACACCAGGGAGCUGUGAUGUAAUGGCAGGCGAGGGGUGGAGUUUGUGAUCCAGUGCUAUCUUCUUCUUGGAUGAUUGAUGCAUGAAUUGAUGUCCUAGAGUUUGAGCAUGCUGAAGCCUUUUCCUUUGCCGAAAAUCAUUGCCCUGCAUUUUAGCUUUCAACGCCAGGCGUCAUCCUUCCAUUUUUCUUCAUAAACACUGAUCGUAUUAUUUUAAAUUUCAUGCAGCUGGAUCAACCAGACAAAGCGUCUACAAUAAUUUCAUCCCUGGAAGUUGCUCAGGUGCUUCUUUUUUUGGUUCUGCCCUCUUUCCUUAAAUCAUUCUCUUCUUCAUACCCGUGUGGAGAAAUGUUACUAUAAAUGACAAAAAAAGUAUUUAAUUUAGAGAAACCGCUGCUUGGCUUUCUGAAUCUGACUGUUCUUCGUGGGUCAUUCAUGUGGCAAAUGUGUGACCUGGGCAGAGAGAAAAACUGUUUGACCUUUCUCCGAUUCUGUAGGAAAAUGUGGUGGAGAAGGGUCAAUCGGAUUCCAUCUACCUCAGUAGACCUCAUCCUGGAAGCCAGUCAGCACCCAUUUUUCCUGACAAGAAGGUCGAUCCAGGCGAAGGGAUGGCAUAUUUGCGGCGCACAUCUACAAAGAAGUUCAGCACAUAUGUUCUCCCAACACCUAUCGACUGCAAUAUCUCCUCAAAAUCUUGCUCAUAUACCUCGGUCCCAUUGGCCCCACUCGACGGAAACAGUACCUGGCGCAGCCAAUCCCGGCACUCAAUGCCCUUGGAACCACCUGACCUGUACAAGAAGAACCUCAGAGCCAGCCCACCACCAAAAGCCACCGUCGUCAACAGCGAGCCCAUCGGAAGGCCGCCGCCACUUAAGGAAAGCUGGGGCCAUUCCCCAGCCCAAUCCGGUCCACAUUAUUCUGAUGCCAAGAAACUCAAGAGACAAGCCUUCUCGGGGCCACUGCUCAGCCAAGGGUCCGGCAAGUCUUCAUGGUUUCCCUCUGUGCAACCUCCGGUGGCCUCGGCGGCGCCGCUACAUGUCCCCAGGCCGCCUUCUACGUCCCCGAAGGUGUCUCUGAGUGCCUCGCCGCCUCCAAUGAGGCCUUCACCGAAGAUAACUGAGCUUCAUGAGCUUCCCAGGCCCCCAGCGAGCUCUGCUAGCUUAGCUGCAAGGCUCAGUUUAGUCCGCCAUUCAGCCCCUCUGGUAUCUAGAAGCAGAGAGCUUUCUAUGUCGGGCAAGCUUCCCCCUGCUGCCCAGGUGGCUUCCCCCUUGCCGAUGCCUCAGGGAGGCAUGGCGCGCAGCUUCUCCAUACCUUCAAGAAGUCAGAGGUCAAGUCUAGAUGCCGUGAAGCUCAUGGAAGCGCCUAGCAGUCAAGAUGCAGCCAGAGAAGUCUCUUCGCCUUCUCUCAUGCCUAUUUCUUUCUCAUCUCCUGCCAGAGACAACAUUAUAUGA